UCUCUCUCACACACACAUACACAUGUCGAACUCUCAAGAAGAGAACACUCAGAAGGCCUUGGGCUGGGCAGCAAGAGACUCUUCAGGAAUUCUCUCCCCUUUCCACUUCACUAAAAGGACCAAUGGAGAUGAAGAUGUCACUGUGAAGAUUAUCUACUGUGGAAUCUGCCAUUCAGACCUACACAGCAUUAAGGAUGAACUUGGGUUCUCUAUCUAUCCUGUUGUUCCUGGGCAUGAAAUUGCAGGUGUGGUAACACAAAUCGGCUGCAAGGUAGGAAAAUUCAAGAUUGGAGAUAGAGUGGGUGUGGGGUGCUUGAUUGGAUCUUGCCGCAGAUGCAGUAACUGUGAGCAGGAUUUGGAGAAUUACUGUCCCAAGAGAAUCAAUACUUACACCAUCUUCAAUGAUGGCACAAGAAACUAUGGCGGAUACUCGGAUAUUAUCGUUGUUAACGAGCACUUUGUUGUCCACUUCCCUGACAAUCUCCCCCUGGACCGUGGAGCACCACUGCUGUGUGCUGGGAUUACAGUGUACAGCCCCAUGAAAUAUUAUGGACUGAAUGAAUCUGGACAACACUUGGGUGUUGUUGGGCUAGGUGGACUCGGACAUGUGGCCGUGAAGUUUGCCAAGGCUUUUGGAAUGAAGGUUACUGUGAUCAGUAGAUCUGAGAGCAAGAAGAAGGAAGCAAUUGAACGGCUUGGUGCAGACUUGUUUUUAGUCAGCAGUGACCCUGAACAGAUGCAGGCUGCCAUGGGCACAAUGGAUGGCAUCAUCAGUACAUUUGUUACACCAGACCUGAUUACAUCCCUGAUCCAUCUCUUGAAGCCACACGGGAAGCUGAUAUUCUUGAGUGCAACUGAUAAGCCAGUCCAGUUGCCAUUAUUUCCUUUGCUCACAGAAAGGAAACUUGUUGCAGGAAGUAUAAUUGGGGGAUUGAAGGAGACUCAAGAGAUGCUAGAUUUUGCAGGGGAGCAUAAUAUAACUUCAGAUAUUGAAGUUAUUUCCAUGGACUAUGUGAACACAGCAAUGGAAAGGCUAGCAAGAGGGGAUGUUAGAUAUCGAUUUGUGAUCGAUAUAGCAAACACCUUAACUGUUUAGCCAAUUUCUUUUGUUUGAAGCCAAUAUGCAGGCUUUCCAUGGAUCAUGACUGGUUAAUUUUGUUAUAGCUUAGUUCAGAAUGCAAGAACAAGUGUUGUAUGCUAGACUACCAUAAAAGCAAAACAAUACUGGUUCAAUAAGAUAUACAGGGUUAUGGUGCA